CUUGGCUGCGUGGGGUCGGGACUGGACCAUGGCGGGCCCGGCGGGCGCUGGGCCCUGCUAUGCGCGGUGGCGGCGCGCGCUGCUGCCCCGCGGGGCGGUCGCAUUACAGUGUUACUGCCAUCUGUGUACAAAAGACAACUUUACGUGUGUGACAGAUGGGCUAUGUUUUACCUCAGUGACACGAACUGCAGACAAAGUCAUACACAAUAGUAUGUGUAUAGCACAAAUUGAUCUGAUUCCCCAAGACAGGCCGUUUGUUUGUGCCCCCUCCUCCAGAGAUGGAGUCAUUACUUUGCCUCAUUGCUGUGACAGAGACCACUGCAAUAAAAUAGAACUUCCAAUUCCAACACCAGGCCCUACUCCAGGAAAACCAGCUUCUAAUCUAGGACCUGUGGAACUGGCUGCUGUCAUUGCUGGACCUAUCUGCUUUGUCUGCAUUUCACUAAUGUUGAUUCUGUAUCUUUGUCAUAAUCGUACUGUAAUUCAUCAUCGUGUGCCAAGUGAAGAAGAUCCCUCACUGGAUCGUCCCUUUAUAUCAGAAGGAACUACUUUGAAGGAUUUAAUUUAUGAUAUGACAACUUCAGGCUCUGGGUCAGGUUUACCUUUACUUGUGCAAAGAACAAUUGCAAGAACUAUAGUACUUCAGGAAAGCAUUGGUAAGGGUCGCUUUGGAGAAGUCUGGCGAGGAAAGUGGAGAGGAGAAGAAGUUGCUGUGAAGAUCUUCUCUUCAAGAGAGGAACGCUCAUGGUUUCGCGAAGCAGAAAUUUAUCAAACAGUUAUGCUGCGGCAUGAAAACAUCCUUGGAUUUAUAGCUGCAGACAACAAAGAUAAUGGUACCUGGACUCAGCUGUGGUUGGUGUCAGACUAUCAUGAGCAUGGAUCGCUCUUUGAUUACCUGAACAGGUAUACAGUAACAGUGGAAGGAAUGAUAAAAUUAGCUUUGUCCACUGCCAGUGGUCUUGCUCAUCUUCACAUGGAAAUUGUUGGCACACAAGGCAAACCAGCGAUUGCCCACAGAGAUUUGAAAUCAAAAAAUAUAUUGGUAAAAAAAGAAUGGAGACCAUGCUGCAUUGCAGACCUAGGAACUGCAGUUAGGCAUGAUUCAGCUACAGACACAAUUGAUAUUGCCCCAAAAUCACAGAGUGGGAACAAUAGAGUUCUGGACGAUUCCAUAAAUAUGAACUAUUUUGAGUCAUUCAAACGAGCAGACAUCUAUGCAAUGGGAUUAGUGUUUUGGGAAAUAGCUCGGCGAUGUUCAAUUGGUGGAAUCCAUGAAGAUUACCAGUUGCCAUACUAUGACCUUGUUCCUUCAGAUCCUUCUGUUGAAGAGAUGAGGAAAGUUGUGUGUGAGCAGAAGUUAAGGCCCAAUAUUCCAAACAGAUGGCAGAGCUGUGAGGCAUUACGAGUAAUGGCAAAAAUUAUGCGGGAAUGCUGGUAUGCCAAUGGAGCUGCUAGGCUAACAGCUUUGCGCAUUAAGAAAACAUUAUCGCAACUUAGUCAACAGGAGGGGAUAAAGAUGUAAUCCUGGAUUUUCCAAUGAAGAAUACUGUAAAAAUCCAUAUCUGCACCAGAGUGGCGUGUUAAGAAGGUUAAUUGUUCUACCUCAUUGGGUGAACAGAAGGACAUUGCUGCCUUUCAGUAAUUCAUAGGAACGUCACUUCUUAGCAUUUUUGUGGACAUGCUAAACAGUUGUGUUAGGUCCUUUCUGUGCACUAUGAACCUCUUUCCCAGGUUACUUACAAAACAUUGUGUAGUCUAGUUUUAUUUUUAUUAACCGUUAAAUCUUUGCUUGAAAAGUUGAUGGCCUGUCUUAACUUGUAAUUAACUGUGCUUAAAAAAAAAAAAAAAAAAGGUCACUUUGGAAAUGGAACUGAUUCACAAUAUUGUUCUAGAGUGCAUUGAUGGCUCUUUAAGAAACUUUUUUCCUGGCUGGUACAUUGACUCUUCUGAACCACUGUCACAGUUCUUUCAGAUUGUCAGUGUACCGUUGGAUUAUACUUUGCUAGCUAUUAAAGUAGUAUACUGUUUUUGACUUUUACCUUGAUUUAGAACUUGACCUCAUUCAGUUGUGGGAACAUAAUUUAUGCAACUAAACUUUAUAGAUGUUUAUUGGGUUUUUUCCACCUUUUCAGAACAUUACAUUGCCUUCAAGAUAGAUUGUAUAAUACCAGUAAGUGCCACUUUUGAGUCUUUCAAUGCAGAACAGUAGGAGUCUACAAAGCCUAUGGUACUUUUGGUUUCAAAAAUAAAAAUUAGAAGUCGACUGUUCCUUUGCCUAGCUAAGAUCUAGUUCAGACUCAUUUUAGCAAGUGAGUACGUAGUUUGUGGAAUACUUUCAACGCUACCAAAAUUUGACUCUUUAAACCACUAUACAAGUUUUAAAUAGUGUAAGCUAUUCACUGUCUUCUUUUGUAAUUGUCAAGUUAUGAGUCAUAAUUUUAUAUAAUACUUAUCAAGUGGUACUUCUAAAAUGCUUGAAGAACCUAUCUACUUCGAAAACUAGCCAGAGUAGUAAGAUGUUCUUAAUAGAGAUCUUGCUCCACUAAAUCAAAUAUGAAAAGCACAUUUUCUCUGCGGUUCUGCAGAGUAUUAAGGCUCAAAGAACAAUAUUUGCAAUUAAACAAGGAUUAAGUGCACCUGUAAUUAGAGAGAAAUUAUUUGAGCUUUCAUACUAGAAAGUUCAAAGCUGCUUAUAAAUUUUAUGUGCAUAUAGUUUGUGUGUGCCUCAUACGCAGAAGGUGAUGGGCUGCAGGUCUUUGGAUACAAAUAUAUGGGGAUUCCAGCAAUCCUCUUCAUUGUUACAAGAACAAAGCUUAUGGUGGCUGUGUUGUCAUAAGAACACAGAAGAACAUGCAUGGCUUUAGUAAAGAUACGCUCCAAGAUCUUAAGGAUAUCACAAGAUUUUCACAAACUUGUUAAUAAAUUUAAUUGCUUCCUGCCUGAAUAUACAACUUCUAGAGGGGAUUGGAGGAAUUAACAUGGAAAAUUCUCUUUUAAAAACUGCUGUUAUCAUUAAUAUCCAAAGCACGCAGUAAUAUUUUGGUGUGUAAAUGUGCCUGGUAGUUAAUAUGCCGCCUAACCUCCUGCUCUCCAGAACACCAUCCUAUUAGGCAACCUUAACUGCUUCCUUUUUUGUUCUUCAGCGUACAAUCCACUGAGUUUUUCACAACACUAGUAGCAGUGGCAGAGUGGUUGCUAAGGGGAACAUAGCCUGAAUUGUAUUCUGUGAUCUGAAAUAUGUGGUAGUUAAUGCAGCAAGAUGGAUGGGUCCCAGUAAGAACAGACUGUAUGGGUGACAUUAAGACUUAGUCAUGCUAAGCUUUAGCACAUCAGUAACUCUUAGGUGUUUCCAAAUUCUUAGUGCGUGCUUGGAGACAGCUUUAAAUGAUGUGGGAAUUACAGACCUUCGGAAGUUGAACUGAAAAUAAUGAAAUGCUUUAUUCAACCACCUUUAUGGAUGAGUUUAUUCAUACUGGAAGAUGGCAUCCAGGAGAAGAGGAAAAUAUAAGAGAAAUUCUUAGAAAACAGUUGGAUUUAAACACAUGUACAGCUGUCACACUUAUGGUUUUUGGCAUUAUCUGACUAGUUAGGCUUAUGUGUUUCAUGCCUCUAUCAAUUAAAGCUGAAUCAAAAAAUUACUUGGCUAUUUUAAAUAAACUAUGCCUUUUUGCAAAUGGACAGUUGUGCACCAGAGUUUUUCAAUUAUGACUGCUCUAAAAUGAUUGAAUGUAACUAAACUCCCAAGUGUUACCUACUUGGCAGGCCUUGUUAACAAGUUCUGUGUACCUAGACAAUAUUUAAAGAAAACAGAUCAGCAUGAAAAUAGUAUUUACUCUGUCACCAUGCUAAUUUCAAAGGCCUCCUAUGUAAACAAUUUUUUAACUGUGUUAAAUUUUGCAUUUUUCGUAGAUGUACCUGGAUCUUUACCAUAGAUCCAUAUGGGAUAGUUUGUACUUUAGAAUCAUCAGGCUACUGGCACACUUCAGAUCUUCAUAGUAAUUUUGAUGGUAACUUGAGAAAGCUUCCGAUAUAAUUAAUCAAAUAAUUUCAUUAGUGGCUUUUUUCAGCACAUACAAAACUUCAUCACCAUAAUGUUUAGAAUUGUAAAAUGUAAGGAGCAGUUCUAUUGCAUUUGAAAGAGAAUCUGUGGCAGCUGAACAGCAUCAUGGUAUACAGGUUGUUUCGUCAGCUGUGCAGUGGUUUGUUACACCGGUCUUGUCUCAACCACCUUCAUUCUCCUGAAUUGCUAGCAGCUAUUCUUGCAUUGCUCUAGUUUUUCACUUUGUAAUAGAAGCUUGCGAAAAGAAAGCUCUGUAAGGAUGCUUGAUACAGUGUGUGACAUUAAGAAAGUUAUUUUGGAACAACCUUAUUCAUAUUGGAAUACAGAACAGGAAAAUUCUGAAUAGAGCUAUAUGUAUACUCAGUUCUGACACCACAACUUCAAGCUUUGUUCUUCUUUCCAUUAUAUAAAUUUAACACCUUUUACAAAGGCUGUGUCUGUAUAUAUUAUGUAACUUUAAGUGUUACCUGUGUAAGAUCAUAUCUUUUAUAUAUGGACACAGGUACACAUAAGUAUUUUUUAAAUUAUGAUUGUAAUAUCACCAGAUCUGCUCUUGGAAAUCCAGGGGGACCAAAAUAUUUUAGCAUUCAAAAUAUUAAUUUUGUAUCAUUUCAAGUAUAUACCAAAACAGUUUCUGAUGAAUACUGAUGCAAAUGUUUAUUGUAAAUAUUACAUACAUUCUACAUUCACUUAAGUUUUGUCAGUUUAAUCAAUCUGACAUUUUAUUAGCAUUGAAGCCUCAGUUUGGUUUGCAGAUGUGAGACCAGGUGGAUAUGGACAUGGAAAAUAAGGAGCCUUGAAAGUGGUCUGAUGCUGAAAAGACCAAAAUGUUGGUUAUGGAAUGCUGGAAUUCUUCAGGGACCUUCUGACCUUUGAAGCUGGAACUCCAGGAUAUUUCUUAAGCUGAAUUUCCAAGUGUGACACUAUCACGCUCCAAUGGUUCCACUUGUAAUCCUAAGAAAGACUUUGUAUAUAGAGUAUAGACUUUGGGAUUGACUGUAUGGGGACAUGAAGGUGUCAAAAUAAGAGGCUAUUUUAUUAUUAUUUUUUUUUCUGUAAUGGUUCUGAGGGUGAUUGCCAUGAAAUUCACAUUUUAGUUAGUUCCUUGUUUAUAUCGUGCCAUUAAAUCGAUUGCAAGGUGUUAAUCUUUUUAUUUUUUUAAAAAAAAACAACAAACAACCCACAACUUCACCAUAUCAGUUGCUUUAAACGCAGAUUACCUCUUAAAAGACAAAGGUACAUUUACCUCAUAUGUAUAUAAUGUUUAAUAUUUUUCAGAACAUUGUCCAAGUUUGCAGUUACCUAUAUUUCUAGAAACAUGUAUUACGAAAUUUACAACUUCAGCGGUACUAAUUGUAUUAUCUGGUGCCCCAAAACACUUUCACUUUCUGUGUCUUUAUUGUAUUAGCAAAUUUGCUGCUUUGUCACUGUAGCACCUGCCACUACAUAGCUGUGUAGAUACUGCCUUGUACAUUUUACUUUUUGGAUGAUUUGAGAAUUGUACAGACAAGUGUCACUUUUUUAAACCUUACAAAAAUGUGUAUUUCCCAUACAUUUCUGAAAAUAUGUAUUCUAUUUGUAGAGUAUACAUUUCAAUGGGAUGUAAAUAGGACAGUAGAAAAGUGGAUGCUUAUGUUAAGUGCUAACACUACAGUAGAGAGAUUAAAGCAGUGAAAAUAAAUAACUUUUUUCAAAA